AUGCAGUGUACGUCCUUAACCCAAACCCACAUCUUUUGGCCGACUCCAGCAGCCCACUUCCCAUCUGCUAGCCAGCUCUCUAAGCAAACUACUGCGGUAUUCGUUUUACUGACAAUAUGCGAUUUUUCAGCUAAGCAUUUCUUUACGGACCCUAACAAGUUGGUCAUUGAUGCGCUUCGGUCCCUGACGCUCACGAAUCCGUCUCUGGAAUUCGAUCAGGAGAAUAAGAUCAUUUUCCGCCGGCCUGAUGAAUCUUCAAAGAGCAAGGUCUCCAUCAUUUCCGGAGGUGGUUCUGGCCAUGAGCCCGCUUUUGCUGGAUAUGUGGGCAAAGGAAUUCUGACGGCCUCCGUGGCUGGAACUAUCUUCGCCUCGCCCUCGGCAGAGCAAGUGCGCCGAGCGGCAAUGGAGCGUGUCGCGACGGACAAGGGUGUUCUGAUCAUCAUGAACAACUAUACGGGAGAUGUCCUGAACUUCGGUAUGGCCGUUGAGAAGGCCAAGGCCGCUGGAAUCAAGACCGAAUUCUUCCCCAUGGCAGAUGAUGUGGGAGUCGGACGCAAGAAGAGUGGAAAGGUCGGUCGACGAGGUAUUGCUGGCGGUAUCUUGAUAUUGAAGAUUGUCGGAGCGUUGGCGGAAACUGGUGCUUCCCUCGAGGAUGUCUACGGAGUCGCAAAGCUCACAAACGAGAACCUGGUAUCGCUAGGCGCCUCCCUCGAGCAUGUCCAUGUCCCUGGCCGCGAGAUCGACCCCAGUGCGGAAACGCUUCCCCCUGGCGUGGUGGAAGUGGGCAUGGGAAUCCAUAACGAGCCUGGAUCCCACCGCAUAAAGUUUACCAUGGAAGAGCUGAUAAAGACAAUGCUCCUACAACUUCUGGACCACAACGACAAGGACCGUGCUUUCAUAACCCGCGAACCUGACGACAAGUUUGUAUUAUUCGUCAACAACCUGGGAGGUGUAAGCACUCUGGAACUGUCCGGCAUCACAAGCGAAGUGUACAGACAACUCGAGAAAGACUACAAGAUCUCCCCUGUCCGCACGAUCCAGGGUGCUUUCCAGACCAGUCUGAACGGUCUGGGAUUCAGCAUAUCGCUUCUUAAGCUUGCAGACACUGGCCUGGGGCCUGGCAAGUCCCUGCUAGAGCUUAUCGACGCUCCUGCUGAAGCAGUAGGCUGGACCGCUCCUAUCACAACAUCAACAUGGGAGCGCGCAAAUGAAAAGGGGACUGAACUCCCGAAGACCAAGCUCCCUGAAGAGCAACCUAGCAAUUUGAAGACCGAUCCUAUCGCCCUAAAGACCAUUCUCACAGCUGGUCUCAAGCGCAUCAUCGCCGCCGAGCCACAAGUAACACAUUUCGACACCAUCGUCGGCGACGGCGACUGCGGCAUUGGCCUCAAGCGCGGCGCAGAGGCCGUUCUCGCAAAGAUCCAAGACCCCUCCACCAACCUAACCGACGUCGUCAACGCAGUCAACCAAAUCACCAACGUCGUCGAAAAUGUCAUGGACGGCACAUCAGGAGCCAUCUAUUCCAUUGGCCUCAAUGCUCUCUCGCACGGUCUCCGCGCCCAGGACAAAGGAAGCAGUGCUACUCAAGUCACUGCCGAAACCUGGUCUGAGGCAGUCAGGUACUCCAUCUCCGCUCUGGGUAGAUACACGCCCGCCCAGCCUGGAGACCGCACUCUCAUGGACGCCCUUGUGCCUUUCUCUAAGAAACUGAUCGAGACGAAGGACAUCAAGGCUGCCGCUAAAGCAGCCCAGGAAGGUACCGAGGCUACCAAGAGCAUGAAAGCCAGUCUGGGUCGUGCGGUCUACGUUGGCGGCGAGGAUGAAUGGGUUGGGAAGAUUCCUGAUCCUGGCGCUUAUGGACUUAGUGAGUUCCUUACGGGGUUGGCUGAGGCGGCUUAA